CAGAUAUAGUGAAUGCAGGGUCCUAGGAGACCAGAUAUAGUGAAUGCAGGGUCCGGGGAGACCAGAUAUAGUGAAUGCAGGGUCCUAGGAGACCAGAUAUAGUGAAUGCAGGGUCCCAGGAGACCAGAUAUAGUGAAUGCAGGGUCUGGGGAGACCAGAUAUAGUGAAUGCAGGGUCCGGGGAGACCAGAUAUAGUGAAUUCAGGGGUCUGGGGAGACCAGAUAUAGUGAAUGCAGGGUCCAAGGAGACCAGAUAUAGUGACUGCAGGGUCCGGGGAGACCAGAUAUAGUGAAUACAGGGUCUGGGGAGACCAGAUAUAGUGAAUGCAGGGUCUGGGGAGA